AGACAUUGUUUUGUCCAAUUUCUUCUCUCGUUUUUUCAAAAUAUUUUCAUUCUCUUCCGGCGACAAAUCUGGAUAAUAGUGAAGCUAAUAUUUGUUGGGUGGGAAGUAUAAGUAUAGAGUUAUGUGGGAGGUAAAUUAGCAGACAAAUGGAGUAGCAUCCACUAUCAACACGAUUCUUACCAUCGUCACUGGGAGGUUAGUCAUGGACUCAUAGUCUUCUUUCUUCUUUACCAAACACAGUGGUAGUGUGAUGUGAUAGAACCAGGACUUUUCAGCUUCAGAUGUCCCACUUAGAUUGCAUUAUGUAAUCUAGCAUCUUCCAUUCCAUUCCAUUCAAUACACCAUUUUAGGGAAUAGUAGAGAAUUUUCAUCUCAAUUCAAAUUAAGAAGGAAUAGGUUUCUCUCUUGAAAUUCCUUCGUUUUUCUCUUCCUUUUUCUUCAUAAUCCGUCACUCUCUCUUUUCAGUCAAGCACCCACACCCAAACACAACCUUAUCUAUAACCAGAUUCAACCAAGUUGAAGAGAAAUGGAGCACAAGUCCCAGAUCCAAGUCCCCAGAGCGAAAUUGGGUACUCAAGGCUUGGAGGUUUCUAGACUAGGUUUUGGAUGCGGGGGACUUUCUGGAAUGUUAAAUGCUCCUCUCUCACAUGAUGUUGGAUGUUCAAUUAUAAAGGAGGCUUUUGAUAAGGGUAUCACCUUCUUUGAUACAUCUGACAUUUAUGGAGAUAGUCAUGACAAUGAGAUCAUGAUUGGCAAGGCAUUGAAGCAGCUUCCCCGGGAACAGGUUCAACUGGCAACUAAAUUUGGCAUCACCAUGCCGGAAUUUGGUCAUUUUGUGGUGAGAGGUACCCCUGAAUAUGUGCGGGAGUGCUGUGAAGCAAGUCUCAAGCGACUUGAUGUGGAUUAUAUUGAUCUAUACUAUCAGCAUCGUGUGGACACAUCAGUGCCAAUAGAAGAUACAAAGCUAGUGGAGGAGGGAAAGGUAAAAUACAUCGGGUUGUCUGAAGCUAGUGUAGACACUUUAAAGAGGGCACAUGCUCUUCAUCCUAUUACUGCUGUACAAAUGGAGUACUCUCUGUGGACUCGUGAAAUCGAAGAGGAUAUAAUUCCACUUUGUCGGGAGCUUGGUAUUGGGAUAGUAGGUUACAGCCCUCUUGGUCACGGGUUCUUUGGUGGGAAGGCAGUUGUGGAAAGUUUGCCCGAGGGGAGUUUGUUGACUAUGCAUCCGAGGUUUACUGGGGAAAAUUUGGAGAAGAACAAAAUUUUGUACGGUCGGUUUGCUAACUUGGCUGCAAAACAUGCCUGCACCCCUCCUCAACUGGCUCUGGCAUGGCUUCUCCAUCAAGGAGACGACGUGGUUCCAAUCCCUGGGACAACUAGGAUUAAGAACCUCGAUGAUAACAUCGGAUCUCUGACAGUGAAGCUUACGCAGGAGGAUUUGAAGGAAAUUUCCGAUGCAAUCCCCAUUGAUGAAGUGACCGGAGAAAGAGAGCUCGCUUCCAUAGCUAAAUACUCUUAUAAAUCAGCAAAUACCCCUACCAAAAUAUAACUAUUUACAGAUCAUAUAUAUGCUAAAACAUGAAUCUUGCACUUGAAAGACAUUUUGUUUUCUGCUUUUCUGUCUCCGUGGUUCUAGAUAAAUAAGAUUGCAAUGUAAGACUGCAAAUUAGUCCAUCUACACAGUGCAUUCAUGUCUUUCUACAA